AUGUCGAUCCUUCGAUUACCCAAUGAAUUGCUUCUUCAUAUCGCCUCAUUUCUACUCUUUGAUUGGGACAUCGCCUCUCUUCUGCGGGCAAACCGCCGGCUGAAAGAUCUCCUCGAGGUACCUCUCCUCCAGAACAAUUUAUCUGAACAUGGGGGCUCGGCACUACCCGUAUUCGCCAAAAAUGGUCGCAGAUCGGGCGUUCAAACCUUCCUAAAACUAGGAGCAAGCGGAUACGAAGUUGAUUUCAACUUUCGUACCGCGUGGUCCUACGCAGCCGAGAACGGGGACUUCGAAACCUGGCAAAUGCUUCUGGACCAUAUGCUGUCCCUUGGUCGUGAAUUGGAUUUGAAUAUCUCCGACGAACGUACCCCACUCAGCUGGGCAGCGGAAGGCGGUCAACUCGAAUUCGCUCAAUACUUAGUCCAACUUGGGGCAGAUGUUAAUUCAAAAAGCAUGGAGAAGCGGACUGCCCUGAGCUAUGCAGCCCAGUCAGGGCACUUCACGAUCGUUCGGUGGCUGCUUGACCAAGGGGCCAACACACAAGACUCAACUCAAUCAUCAGACAUAGAUGGCCUCACACCUUUGCACUACGCAGCUUUUGGAGGGCACGAAGACAUAAUGGGAUUCCUCAUAUCGAUUGGUGCAGGUGUUGACCAAUCGGGGCUCGACUCUAUGGACAUAGGAGCGCAGACACCGUUGAUGGAAGCAGCUCGAGGGGGGGCAAUAUGCAGCGGCGAAAAUGCUUCUCGAAAUGGGUGCAAAUGCAAAUGA